AGAGGUGAGUCUGUGUGCGCGUGCGAACUUUUCCUGUCUGGAUGAGAAGAUGAGUGAAUAAAGUGGGUCUGAUUGUGACUGGAGGUAAAGACGCAGUGGUGCAGGCAAGCCUCGUCUUAUCUCGGUUACAUGUCAUCUGAUUAUUAACUACUCUCGUGAUCACUUUCUCAGGAUGUCAUAACUCACGGACCUAUAUUUAUUUCGAUUGGAGCUAGAGUGUAUGGACGUAUAAUGCGAUGUUUCGAGAUGCUCAAGUUUCUUUUGAAAAAACAACAAAACAAACAAAAAAAAAUUAGACCAAAGUUCUGUUUCAAUUAAUCAUUUUAGAGUUAAAUAAAUACAUUUCGGAGUCGUGUUAUUAGUUAACACACAGAAAUACAUUUAAUAUAAUAAUUUUAUCAACUUUUUUACACUGCAAGCAUGUCUUCAAUGUUGAGUUCGAAUAUAGUUUAGGGUUUAAUUCGAUAAAUGUUUCAAAUUUAGUGACACAGCUAAGCCUGUUUGUUUUUUCCAAGGAGAAUCCUGUACUUCAACUAGACCUGCAUAAACCUCGAUGUAGAUCAUAACAGCCCCAUAGUUUUGUACAACUCCAAUUUAUCGUUCAGAAAUAACUUUGUGAUGGCUUUAGACUCGUCAAAUACACUGUAGCUAAUAAUACAUCUUCAAAGACCUUCUGAAACAUGGCUUUACAUAAGUCAUUAUAUUUGUAAAGAAGAAUCUUUGUGAUUGGUAGAUAAGCUCGACAAUUGAUGUAUCUGUAACACAGACGUUCUGCUUUAAAUACCAGUGAUGAAGUUCCCCAGUGUUUUUCUGUGUUUCUGACUGAUGUAUUGGUUUCAAUUGUGAUCCGCCUAUUUGCUUUUCAUUUUUCUGGUUGGAUAACUGUUAUCACUCGUAUUUUUCUAAUCAACAUGGGUAAGCUCAUGCUGUUUGAGAUCAAUUUUGAGCCAAAACAAGGCGUGUUCACGGCGGGGGCAGUGGUCAGGGGCACAGUCAAGCUGGAACUCAGGGAUACCAUGAAAAUGAGAGCUGUACGUAUGACCUGCCUAGGUAAGGCUUGUGUUCACUGGUCAGAGGUAGAAAACGUUGGUCAUCGAGGAGGAAGACAGAGAGUGGAGACAGUGGAGUACACAGCAGACGAGGAGUAUUUCCAGUUCCGCUUUCAAUUAUGGCCUAAAGAAAAUUCUCCUGAAGAGUCCAACAGUUUGGGUCCAGGUCAACACACGUUUCCAUUUCAACUCAUGCUACCAUCAGAUCUACCUCCGUCAUUUGAAGGUGCCUACGGUUUUGUUAGGUAUUGGGCAAAAGCAACCAUCGACAAACCAUGGAAAUUCGACCAUCACACAAAGAGAGCAUUUACAGUUAUACCAACUUUAGACCUAAACACAGAACCAGGUGUCUCGGAACCAGUCCAAUAUAGAGGUGAGCUCCGAACCGGUUGCUGCUGUUUGCCCUCUGGCAGAUUCAGUGGCUCCAUUACGACCAACAGAAAAGGUUACGUGCCGGGAUCGGAGAUCUUCCUCCAGUCUCAGAUAGACAACCACAGCAGCUCCACCUGCUGGGCAGAGGUCAACUUAAAGAUGCACAUAACCUAUGUAGUGGGACGCAAGUACAAACAGGAGAAGAAAGUUGUCGGAACAGUUUACAAAGAGAUGAUCCCCAGGGGCAAGACAUUCGUGUGGAAAGAGAAAAUGAGAAUUCCUCCUCUACCUCCCUCCCACCUUAGAGGCUGUAAACUGAUGAAAUCUCAAUAUAUUUUACAGUUCCGAGUGGGCUCUGACGCCAAGUGUUCCUGGGAUGAGAUAGAGUUCGAGGACGAAAUCAUCAUUGGGACAUUACCUUUGACCUCCAAGGGCUCUUCCAAUGCAGUUAAUCGCUUGUCGUCUGGCAACGCAGCACUUCCGGUCAUGUCGGCACAAGAAAGGGAACAAGAGAGCACGAGCAAACCCAGUUACGAGGAGUGCAUGCUGUUUGGACGAGUCAGCAUCAAGGAUAAGGACGACACUGAGCACACCCUUGGGGAGCUCAUCUUCACCCCACUCUACGCCUUCUACUCUCCCCGCGCCGCCCUUAGACGCGGAUCUACAUUUGUGGAGUGAAGUGAGACCAACCUUGUCUACAGUUGUCCACAAGGGAAAGAACUCUUCAAGACUUUACCCGAAUCCUAUUAGUAUGGUCCCCCCUUUCUUCAUCACUUUCCCCCCACACGCUAAGAUUGACCACAAAAGGUGGGGCGGUGGAUUCGAACUUCUGACCUAUGUCAGACGUCGUUCUGGGAGUACCCUGGUGUUUGUAGGACCACGUUUUGAUUUUCAACUAGAACUGGCCAAUGGACGUUCAUUUUGGAGGCAACUUUUAUGAGCCAUAAGAAACAGUUCUCAUACAAAGAAAAAAUCAGAUGGGUCUUUGUAUUUAUGCAUGUAUCAUGACUUCAAGAGAGGGGGGGCACAAUAAACUGCUGCCUCUUGUACAAGAGCUUGUAAAUCAGAUGUAAUUGUGUGUGUGUGUGUGUGUUCGCUCAUUAUGUCUAUAACCACAUGAUAGAUUGGAUUGGAGUACGUUUGAGCUAGUAAUAGAGACUAUAUAUAUAUAUACUGUGACUUCAUGUUAAGUUUGAUGAGAAACUUGUCUCUGUGUGUACUAACUGUAUUGGAGUCUAAUGCCAGAACACAUAGAAUAUUGUUCGGAAAAUUUCUGUGUGGCCCUUGGCUAGUUUUGUUUCUUGCCUGAAAGAUAAGAACUUUUGAAAGAAGUUAAGCUUUCAAAUUAGUAUACAUUCAUAAUUGAAGAUUUUGUGUAUCAUUCAAGUUGCUGUUUUUAUAGAACUGUGGUAUGAUAAGUUAACUUGGGUGUUUAUUAGAGCAGUUUGUUUUAGUGUUUUUUAAAGAAGUAGUUCAAUAAAUGGUAUGU